AUGUUUUUAAUCGCAGCUCUAGAAGGGUUCAAGGAACUUUGGACGACUGGCCGUUUAUCGGACAUCACGAUUGUCACUGACACGGAGAAAUUCAAAGUACAUAAAUUUGCUUUGGCUAUGCAAAGUUCAGUUUUCACUUCAAUUUUCGAAAAUGUGAUGAAGGAUCGACCAUCUGACGAAAUUCAAAUGAAAAACAUAGAUCCCGAAGUUGCAAAGACUUUCCUGAAAUUUUUCUACACCGGUGAAGUCGAAAUUGAAGAAAUUUCAAAUCUGCUGGAACUUUUCGCACUCGCAGCAAAGUUCAAAGUGGAAACUUUAAUGUCAAUCAUUGAAGACAUGAUCAUAGAUGAUCUAAACGAUGAUAAUGCAAUUGAAAUAUAUGAACUUGCUUGUCGCUUUAAUUGUGAUGGAAUGAAAACUUCAGCAUUUGAAUUCAUUCAAUCGAUGUUUGAUGAACCAUUGAAAGACGAACUGAUGAACCAACCAGAAGUUUUAAAAGAACUUGUUGAAGCUAAGCAAAAAAUAAAUUCAAUACUGAAGAAACAAAAACUGGGUUAA